AUGGCACAAAGUACCGCACAUCACAAGCAGUCUUUCUUGCCCGACACGGCUGCGAGUGACUGCAUGCCGCGAGAUGUGGAUGCACGCCAGCUGCGCGCGCUGAGCGAAGAGGAUGCGGAGCCAGCGGUGCGACAUUUGUAUAUCGACUGGCCGUCGGCGUCGAUAAAAGGCACUUUUACGAUCGGUGCCAAUGUCCCCGACAUGAGCCCGCCGCUGUACGAUCUGCCGAAACCGGAUGUGGUGCAGCAGAAUGCAGCGAGCGCCGUAUUUCACUCGCGGUCCAGUCCUGUGAAUGUCGUGGUCAACGUGCUGCACGGUGCACCGACGCUGGACGCGCCGCCAUUCAACGAUGCGCUGCGCAAGAGUGUGUUUGUCAAGGCGCGCAGUGUGCGGAAUUCCGCGUGUGUGCAUGUGCCGAUCUAUGUGGGCCGCCGGCCGCUGCAUAUUCGCUGCUCUUCGACGACGGGCAAUGGUGCGUACAACCCACGCUAA